AUGUACCAACUUGAACGGCGUGCCAUAUUCUCCCGCCACUGGAUUCUUCUCACCCAUCGCAUCCGCUUCCAAAAGACCGGCGACUACCAAUCCUUCGACAUUGCGAAUUUCCCAAUCUUCCUUGUUCGUGAUCACCAAGGACGAAUCAAUGGGUUUCACAACGCUUGUCGCCACCGGGCAUUCCCCAUUGUUCAGCAAGGUUCCAGUGGGACGGCGAGUAUACUAUCUUGUAAAUAUCACGGAUGGUCCUACGGCCUCAAAGGGAAUCUAGCGAAAGCGCCUCGUUUCGAGACCGUGUCGACGUUUGAUAAGACCCAACACAGUCUGUAUCCGGUGCAUGUCCACGUCGACAAAGCCGGGUUUGUAUGGGUCAAUUUAUCAGCUGAAAACGACACAGACUGGAAGAGCAAAUGGGAAGAGCAAUACAAAUCCGCCGUCGACGACAACCCGCGUCUUCAAAUGUUUGAUUUCGAUGACGAAUUCAGAUUCGAUCAUGCAUGGGACAUGACGGUAGACGCGAAUUGGAAGACGCUCAUCGAUAACUACAAUGAAUGCUAUCAUUGUCCGACGUCGCACCCACUGAUUGCGCGUGUGACGGAUCUGAAUCAGUAUCGGGUUGAGCCAAAUGAGAAGUGCGCUGCGUGUUUGGAACAUACGAUUAUCAAUAAAGUGGAGGAGAGGGAGGGUCAGUUCAGACGGUCUAUUACGUACUUUUUCCCGACUACCAGUGUUACUAUAACGGACAAUUUCUUCUAUAUCCAGCGCAUGAUACCUCUCUCGCCUACGAAGAGCAUUAUUGAGAAUGAAGUCUAUCGACACAAAAACGCAGGUGAUGAGGAGUUUGACAACAUCACUGCCUUCUAUAGACAGGUUCUUGAGGAGGACAAGCAGUUAUGCGACGGAACACAGGUCAAUCUGAAUGCAGGUGUAUACACUAGUGGGAUGUUACAUUCAGACAAAGAGAAGGGUCCUAUACAUUUCCAACACACAGUGAGAGAUAUUGUGAUGCAGCACCGACAGGCCGAGAAGCAGGAAAAGACAGAGAUAUGGCCUGCUACGCCGAAGCGUACAGCAGGUGCCGCCACGACGAAGCUGGCUGAAGAGGAAGAAUUCUGUGCAAGUCUGAACUCUGGGCUUUGUGGAAGUCGAGAAUUAGAGUGGUAA